UGACUAUGUAGAUCUAGCUGGUAUAUAAAGGACGAUAGAACUCUUGGUUAAGGUAUCCACUAACAACUUGGCGCCCAGUCGACUAACAACAGAAUACAACUCACUUCCUCAAAGAUGAAAUUGGCGUUGAUCCUGUCGGCUCUAGUAGUCAUCUCUCACCAGCAAUUUCAACACCGAACACGGCCGAGAGAACUGGUCUGGUUGUCGCACUACCCACACCGUGACGCACUUGAUAAUUAUCAUCCAACUCGUUUUUAUAACGAUUAUCUUCCGUACCGUCCAUCUGGUCGAAUCGGGGAUAUCCAUUACCAAAACGAGGAUUUCGACCAAGAAUUUACCCCAAAUGUCGUCGAAGAUGAGCCUAUUGUCGAGGUUCCAGUCGAUACCCAUUCCAGAUCCAAGGGCGUCCUCAGGUGGCCGUCGGUUGUUUACAAGAAGCAGAACGGCGGUCGAUUUUUCUACAGCACAACCAUCAACAAUCCGUUCCUGAAAACGGCUACUUUUACCCUUUCAUCGACAGUUACCACCGUUGCCUCUAUCAUACUGUGCGUUCCAGCCAACAACUUGGUAGCUGUUCCAGCACCAACUUGUGCUGGCCGCAGACGACGUGAAACCGAUGAUACCGAUAUCGCUCAAUUUCCAAUUUCUCCAUCUGAAACCCUCAAGUUAAUUCCGACGACUCUUCCUUCGUUGGGUUCGACUCUGCCAAAUAACCGGGAAUCACGUCCGCUACCCAUUAAUGAGCUGCAAAUAGACCAUCAACGUGUUUACUCUUCCAAAGAUGAAGGUCAUUCUGCCGGAAUGUUGGAAGAUAACCAGAAAAACCUAAGGGAGAAAAGAUUUUUCGGCGGCGGCAUAGCGGCGUCGACAACUGUAACAUCUUACUUGUUUGUUGCAGCUACACUCACCAGUACAGUCGUCCUCGAUCCAACUGCAAUGAAUGUUGCUGUUUGCUUACCAGCCGGAUAUAUUGUCUGUGCCUAAAAACUCAACAAAUUGUCUACAUAGUUUUACCUUUUAGAUUUAUAAUUCGAUCAGCUUCUUUGUUACCUUCUACGCGGGCCUGUAAUUCAAUUUUCCUUACUUUUUCCUUUCUAAAUUAAAUCAUUUUUAUUCUGUAAUAACGCUGGGAUUAGUGUGGACUGAAGGAAGAAUACAAUUAAUUUCAAUUCAAAA